AAGGGGGGGAAAAGUUAGUUAGGUUAGUGAGAGGGCUGUGAUUUUCAAUGCGCAGUACAGUCAUUACCAAUGUCUGCGUUAGAGGAGCCGUAAACUUUUGGGAAAGUCACACGGACAGCGCAUUUAAAGAGUUCAAAUACUUCAGAAGAAGUUUAAACGAUAAACUUUAGUAGAUAUGCGCGUUUCCACACUUAUUGGGGUGUUCUCGGGAAGCAGAAAAACACAUCGUUGCCUACUUUUUUCGCAAGGCUUGGAUAAUUAAUAAAGUGGACGGACAGAAAACGGCUUUGAGCUGUUUGGAUUUAAUUUUUCGGCGUUUUAUGGUUGCAGGCAACUUUCCUGUUUACACCAUUUCAGUCGGAUAAAAAGAAGAACUCAGUUUUAUCUGGAGUCAUGGAUCCGAGCCAGCACAACCCUCCUGCCGGCCAUCAGAUCGUCCAUGUUCGGGGAGACUCCGAGACCGAUCUGGAGGCUCUUUUUAAUGCUGUGAUGAACCCGAAAAACGCCAUCAGCCCCCCUUCCGUGCCGAUGAGGAUGAGAAAGCUGCCAGACUCAUUCUUCAAGCCGCCAGAGCCAAAGUCCCACUCCAGACAAGCCAGCACGGAUGCAGGUACUGCUGGUACCCUCACACCCCAGCACAUCAGGGCACACUCCUCACCCGCCUCCCUGCAGCUGGGUGCAGUUUCUCCUGGCACCCUGAGCAGCAUGGUUCCAGCAAACCCCCAGCCUCAGCACCUCCGCCAGUCUUCUUACGAAAUACCUGAUGAUGUGCCGCUGCCCCCAGGCUGGGAGAUGGCCAAGACCCCUUCAGGCCAGAGAUACUUCCUAAACCAUAAUGACCAGACGACCACCUGGCAGGAUCCACGUAAGGCCCUCCUUCAGAUGAACCAGGCCGCCCCGGCCAGCCCAGUGCCUAUGCAGCAGCAGAACAUCAUGAACCCUGCCUCAGGUCCUGUUCCUGAUGGUUGGGAGCAAGCUAUUACCUCAGAAGGAGAGAUCUACUAUAUCAAUCACAAGAACAAAACCACCUCUUGGCUGGACCCACGACUUGACCCGCGUUAUGCUAUGAACCAGCAGCGAAUUUCCCAGAGUGCUCCAGUGAAGCAAGGCUCCCAGUUGCCCUCCAGCCCACAGAGCGGAGUGCUGGGUGGAAACAACCAGAUCAGGCUGCAGCAGAUCCAGAUGGAGAAAGAGAGACUGAGGAUCAAACAAGAGCUCCUUCGCCAGAGACCGCAGGAGCUCGCCCUGAGAAACCAGCUGCCGACCAGCAUGGAGCAGGAUGGCGGCACUCAAAACCCUGUGUCCUCACCCGGCAUGGGACAAGACGCCCGUAACAUGACCACCAACAGCUCUGACCCGUUCUUGAACAGUGGGACAUAUCACUCCAGAGACGAGAGCACAGACAGUGGCCUGAGCAUGAGCAGUUACAGCGUCCCCCGCACUCCAGACGACUUCCUCAACAGUGUGGACGAGAUGGAGACAGGCGAUACCCUCGGCCCCAGCUCCAUGGCAACACAGCCCAGCCGUUUCCCCGACUACCUAGACGCGAUCCCGGGCACAGAUGUGGACCUGGGCACCCUGGAGGGGGAGAGCAUGGCAGUGGAGGGCGAGGAGCUGAUGCCCAGCCUGCAGGAAGCCCUGAGCUCCGACAUCCUCAACGACAUGGAGUCUGUGCUGGCAGCUACCAAGAUCGACAAGGAGAACUUUCUAACCUGGCUAUAGAGCACCUGAAUCCAGCACUACGCCUUCUCUUCCAACAUGCUGAACUGCUGCCUAAUCCAAUCUGUGAAGGAUGUGUAGAGGCUUUGAGUUGAGAAAACAAAAGACAUUUCUCCCUACUGGACAGUUGUUGUUUUUUUCUCUUUAUUUUCUAUUCACUACGUUUGGCCGAAUUGGUUUUAAAAGCUGAGGUAUUUUAACCUUUGGUCCUUUUGUGCUUCUUUUUGUUUUCCGUAUGUCUUUUUCAUGUCUGCAUCCUCAAGGCUGGCCCAUGAACAGACAAGUAUUCACAAGUACCCAAAUCUCUUUCACGGCUGUACUGGCAGCCCAUCAGUGUGCAAGUAUGCGAAUGUGAAGUUGUGUGCGCGAAGUGUCGUUUCUCCCCUCAUGAAAACUCCUCGCUGGGCGAACAGGGCCGAGAGGGCUCAGGUGUUCCCCAAGAGAGAGAAAUAAAGACAGACGAACCCCUAAAUCAACCUACCGCAACCUCCUGUGACUGCAGAUCCCAUCUCAGAGCAUCCUUGAUCUCAGCUCGCCUACAAUUGACUAUUUUUUCCUCACAGUAAUGAGCCUGAGAAACCAAAAAGCGAUGAGGAGGUCGUCUGUACGUGUUUUCCGAUAGGAUUGUGAUUGAAAGGUCUAAAUCGUAAGGGUUUCAAUUGUGUGGCUUUGGUUGAAUAAAUACUGCUGCUUGGCUGUGCCAGCAUAUCACACUAGAAACUGUAUAAUCAAGUGCCUUCAGACAAAAAAAUUGAAACAUGUUCCUGUCGUUUUUACACUAGAGAUCAUAGAUCAAAUUUGACGCUUGCUUUUACUUUCUCGCUUCAUUAAUCAAAGUAUAUUUCUUUCAAAGGUUUUAUAAAAAAUAUUAUGUUGGGAAUUAGGGUUUGAUUUUUUUUCUUCUUUUCUCUUUAAAGAACCCUAGUCUCUUUGUGUGUUAGUUUUAUUUAAGCCUGAUUUUGUUUCUUGAGGGUUAUGGCAUUCAUGUGUGAUUCAAAGAACAAAUCGGAUCUGUUUUUGCUCUCAUUUUAACAGAUGUGUACAGAACAACUAUUCUAAGAGCUGCCUUUACAGUACAUGAUUACAGUAACUGAUUCACAAAGAACACUAACUAGAUGGACGCUAUCAUUUCUGCUGCAUCAUAAUCAAUCUGAGGGGGGAUCGUUUGGUUUUGUUACCGAUAUCUAUUUUUAUCUUACGAUUUUAGUAUCUCAGUUGAUAUGUUGUUGCUUACUUGCAUAUUUUAGUGCAAAUCUCUUUGAUUUUUUUUUUUUUUUUUCAUCCAAAAGCAAGGAACUAGAAUAUCAGGGGCACUUUGAUCAAUAGACAGACAUCUCUGAUAUGAGCUCCAGUAGAGUCUGAGCCAGUUAUGUUGAUGUUUGGUGCCGAGAUGGAUAUCGGGCAGGAAAAGGAAGGUUCUGAUACGUUUAGAUGGGUAGAUGAGCAUGUCUUGAGGGUUAGUGCUGUAGAUUAGCUUGUUAGCUUGGAUUUGAAUUUGGUAACUGUGGAUAUGAAUAAUAGAGUAGACUUCUAUGGAAACAAUCAGUUAUCGUUUCUGUCAGGAUUUCUUUGAGGCUUCCAAAGACUUUUAGUAAGGAUUCUUUUAAUGGACGACAAAAAAUAAUUUAUCAUACUUUUAUGUACACGUAAGAAGACAUAAGCUAAUGAGAAAAGGUCUAAUUGAUUUGUGAGGAGAUCUCUAAUGAAGCCAGAUUUGACAGGUCCUCUUAUGCUGGUUCCUGAUGUCAGUACUGAAGACACAGUAGGCAGGUUACCUAGGUUUACAUUAUUUCACUAGAGUAGAACACUACAGGGACUUGCCCAUUACAAAUUUGCUGCAGAUGCUUUGCAUUCAGUAGUAAUUCAGUAAUAUGAAUAUUACCUCUUGUUUACAAUAUGGUUACCUUUACACUACAUGAUUAUAGCUCAAUAACCGGCCCUUACACUAAAUGUGUGUUGUACUGAUUUUUUUUUUUUUUUAAAGGUGAAGUUUUAUCAGUAUAAUAUUCUGUGGUCUGUUGGGGUGAAUAUACUGCUAAGAUUUAUAACUCAGUUGCCUCCGUAAACAAAAAUGUUAUGGUCAAAAACAGCAAGCUAUGCCAUUGUAAUGAAAGUUAGAGGUUAUAGAGAAAAUAAAAGUGGUGUGGAAAACAAAAAGACAAGCUAAGAGAAAUAUCUAUUUUUGCAAACAUAGUAUUGAUGGCAGACUCUAGUGGGGUAAAACAGUGUUGGAGAGAGCAGUGCAACAAAAUGUUUUAUGAAUUGUGGGUACAGUGAUGGUAUUGCACGUUUAUAGAACAUUGACUAAAAUGUGUAUGUCACUUAAACAUGAUUUUAUGCUUGCUUGGUGUGCAACUGUUCAGAAUAUAUAGUAACUGUUUACUUUAUUAUUAUUUUUUUUUGUAGUGGUAGUACUAAUCACACAAGUUAAUGGAUUGGUAUUUAGAUUUCUUUUAAAUGCACCCAGAAUGAAUUUAUAUCCAUUUAUUAUGAUCUCUUUUUUUAAAUCAGUGUAUGUGCAUGUACCUUAGAACCUUAAGUUCUGUUACAUUAUAUCUCUUUACAUAUUACUUUAAAAUUGGCCUGGAAUAAAGUAUAUACUUUGGUA